GUCAAUAUUUAGAUCUGUCUAGCAAAUAGGUAUUUGUGUCUGUUGUGUACCUUUGUCCUCAACACCUCAGAAUUAGAGGAGACACCAGGUUGGCACCGGUUUUCCUAAAGUCUUUGUUUACAGAGGUUUAUUUCCUUAUUUGUUACAGAAAUUUCUUAGAAUUUUGCUUGUUGUUUGAAUGAGUCCUCUGUGUAAUCGUUCAAAUCUUUAAAAUAUACUACCAUUUUGGACGUGUAAAGAUUGAAGUGCUUUAUUAAUUCCAUAAUACUUCUAAUUCCCUCUUUUUUAGAAAUUCAAUCCUUGCAAUAACAUCAUAAGCUUGGCCCACAGAUAGAAAAGUCGAAGACAAGACCGUCUUUCGUUGUAAUCUAUUUAUUGUUCUAAUUAUUUUUGGAUACAGCUACAUGAGCAUAAGAUAACCAGUGCGUUCUUCUCUCAUUUUGGUGUGAAAUCCCUUUUGGUUAUAUCAUUUCACUUUUGAUUUUGGUUUUCUAUUCAAUUACAAGUCCGUUCGUUUCUUUUUUGUUCAGAUUGGGUCUUUUGGUUUUACUGUACAAAUACUAUAACUAUAAUUAAUCAUCUUCACCUAAUCUAUACGCGCAUGAUGUCUCCUGCAGUUCGUGAUACAAUUGAUUCUAUCCAGUAUGGUGGACUUUGGAUUUUCAGAAACCUAGCAUCACAAAAUCCAUCUUUUCAGGAGCAGCUUUCGUUUUGUACUUUUGUGCAUCCGCAUAUUGGGAUUAUCCUCUUAGCUUUUGCUAAAUUUGAAGACAGCACGCUAGCGGUUUUUGCGUUAUCAAAGUUAGGUCCGGAUACAUAUAUAAUUCCAUACUCCUUUCCUUCAAAACUAGAUGAAUUUUUAGAAGUACUUGGACUUCAUUUAGAUUUCCAGGACUGGUAUAGAGAAGCAACCCUUUGUGCAUAUGAAUUCCUAUGUACUGACUCAGUCUCAAUAUACAUAGAAGAAAAUUGGUUGGAGGCUUCCAUUGAUCCAGAAUAUGCAGAGUAUAUUUUUUCCACUAUUGAUGUGUUUCAAUCUGAUGCGUUAGUUCAUGAGUUAUUAUCAAUUGGGCCCACCACUGGAUUUUAUGAAUUUACUGUUGACGUCCUAAUGGAAGGUAUCACGAAUGAUUGUUGGUGGGCAGAUCCUUCUACAAAGCCAUGGCGCUCUUUCUUAGGAAAUCACUAUGUAAGUGAGAAGGAUCACAGGAAAGUUAACAGUCCUACUCCGAGUAUCGCCUCUGGUUCUGCGGCUGGUAAUAUGUCAUCAGUUUGGAAAAAGAAAAAUCUUCUAUUUGAAUUGAUGCGUACAGAGAGUACUUAUGUUACACGUCUGAGACAUUUAUUAAACGAUUAUGUUUUACCGUUGCGAACUUCAGCAAAGUCGUCAAAGAAGCUAAUAGGAUUGUAUGAAAUAAAUACACUGUUUCCUCCAAAUUUAGCAAAGCUGAUACAGAUAAAUUCAACCUUUUUGGAUGAAAUUGAAGCAAUCAUGGCUGAAUUAGACGAAGACACUGAUUCUGCAGACGAUAUAACUGAUGAUUUUGAUUUAAGGAUGGCAACGUGUCUGUGGAACCAUUUCCAGGUGUUCGCACAGCAUUAUCCUCGUUAUCUUGAACAAAGUAAUGACUUUGGUGAAGUAUUAAAUACCGCUUCAAAAAACCCAAAGUUUCUGGACUUCAUUGACAGAAUCAAAAUAAAAGAAAAUCGCAAUGUAAGCCUCAGCCAGCUAAUUAUGGAGCCUGUCCAAAGGAUCCCACGUUAUUUCCUUUUUUUGGAACAAAUUAUCACGCUUACUCUUGAUGGUCCUCCCCAGCAAACUUACGUACGAGCAAUGGAGACUGUUCAUAACAUUGCUGAGAUGCCUGUCGUUGAUGCCGAAGAGCGAUCUAAAAUUUUUGCCGGCCUUCAAUAUAUAAUUCCAAAUCUUGCCCCGAACUUGAUAUCAAACUCCCGAGAUUUACUCGACUGUAUUGAUGUUAAUCGAGAAAUUUGGAAGAGUGGACAGCUUUCGCUCGUUCCGUAUACCAUUUUGCUUUUCACAGAUUGCAUAUGUCUGCUUAAAAGACAUUCAAAAGCUUCCUUGGCUGAUGUAAUUGUGGAACUGAAACAAACAUUCGUAUUACCAAAGUCAUUUUCGAGAGAGAAGAGUGCACAAUACGUCGCUUGGAAUUUUAAUGAUAACAUUGAGUUGACGAGAGGCAUUGAUGAAGACUGUACAAUAUGGCUUAUAUCCAAAUCUGCAUCCACAUUCCCAUUUUUUAGGGAAUUUCCUCUUAUUAAAUUUGUUUUAACGAAUGGUAAACAUUCCCUUGAAAUUUUUUUACGUUCUUUUCAGCAAGCUUUAGCAUUUCGAAAAAGUCAGGAAAUGCGUGUGACUAGUCGCUGUUUUAAUGAUUUUACUAUUUUUUACAGUUGCUUUACACCGGCAUCCUACGAAAAAGAAAAAUAUCGGACUUCAAUUAUAUGCGUUUGUAAUGAUGAACAAAAUUCCUGUAAUGCUGAGCACCUUCUCUGUGAGGGUAAUGUUGUUUUGAAUAUCCACAGGCAGAACGAAGGAUUUAUAGUGGAAGCCUUGACAUGGUUGAGUUUUGACUUGCCUUCAAAAUUAUUCGUAUCUGAAGAGAGUAUUGAGGAAAAUAUUUCCGAAUAUUUAAUUUCAAUUAAGCGUAUGCUUUCAAGUCCUUUUUCUAAUCGUUGUUUUUCACAAUACGAUCUUUAUGAAAACAUUCUUCAAUAUCUACUGCUCUCCAAACGCAGUCCCAAGAAAGGAAGGCUAUCUUUGGGAGGACGUCCAUCUAGUCCCAUUAAAUGGGCAUCAGCUUUAAAAGGAACAUACGGAACGAAGGGAUAUUCCAAAUCUUGUUCAACACUUCCGUCACAAAAGCAUGGCAAUACUGACACAAACUUCAAUCCCAGAAAGUCGUUGAGCAAUUACACCGUAAGGUUUCCUACUAAUGGUUCAUUUAAAACAAUUCUUGAAACUUUGAAAAGCUUUAAAUCAAUAUUUUUGGGGAUGACAGAUUAUGGCACAAUUUUGAAAGGAAUUUCACCUUUCGAAGGUCAGCAACUUGAUAUUUUGCUAGAGGACAUCCUUAAAGAAUCACCGGAAUUUAAGCGUAUACAAAAGCUUCCGGAAGCACAAAUAUACUUAUUAUUUUGGAAGUAUUUGAAGCUUUUCGUUGUCAGAAAGUAUGGUUCUUUAUUACCCUCAAUGUUCAUUCAACGUUUGAGUAAUAAUGGAUACAUAGGUUUUUCAUAUGAUUUGAAGGUAUCGUUGCAACAGAUUCAAAGUUGUUUACAAGAGCUACCGCAGCAAAAUUUGCGAAUUUUGGAUGUAGUCCUUAACAUCGUUUCAGAGUUACUACUUAGAUUACCUCUUAGAGACCAGUGUGAAACGCUCAUUGAGCAGAUGGCGAGCGUGCUUUCUCCGCCUUUAUAUCGUAACAGUGCCAUCGAAGUCAUACGCUUUAUGACAUAUUAUUAUGAUCAAUUAUUCAAAAAGGAUACCUUGGAUCCAGAAAAUUCCCCAUUGUCAAAGGACGCUGAACUUUAUCGGCAGAAAGAGUAUGAAGAGCGAGCAUCUCAACAGGUUGAUGAAUGUUUAAGGCCCAAAGAAAUUGUUCCCGGGAAAGUGGAGCUAAAGGAUUAUGAGUAUCUUCGACAAAAUUACCAUAUGACUCUUGCAAAAAUAGCACAAAUGACCAAACAGAUUAAUGGAAGCAAAGAGGCAAUGCCGAUAUUAUAUGAUCAAUUGACGCAUGAUUUGAAGCUAAUAAAGCAGUCUAUCCAAGCAAAUCUGGCUCGAAAACGAUGUGAAUUAGAUAUUGCUAAGUGGACGUUGAAGGAGUAUGAAGACGCCAAACAGAACAUGUCUAAUAACGAUUACAAAAUGGAGUUUUUUUUAUAGUUUAGUAAAACUCUACAGUGAUGUGAGGUAUUUAAAGAUCGCGAAAAACUACGUGCAAGUAAAAUAUCGAUGAAGAAAUGAUUAGUUAAAAAGUCGGAUUUCAUGAUAAUCAUUCUAAUACAAACAAACGAAAUUGUCCACUCUUUCAGGAGAAUUCAAUCUUGUAUGGUUAUAGGGUAAUGUAGAUAAAGUACAAAACGGAUACUCCUUGUAUAAAAUUACUUUUUGAUAUGAGAA